UUUCCAGUGGCAAAUGGUGUAGUUCGUUCAGUGAUUGAGUGUGUAGAAAUAAGCCAAGAUGGCGAACGACACUGACCUACCGGUGAUCUUGGUCGACUACAUGUCUGUAAAUUCCACAGUCCAUAUCCCAGCACAAUUCGAUGUCACAAUUGCAGAUGCUGGUUAUAUUGUAACGAACUCCCUGAUCCUUAUAACAAUGCAAACAGGAUUUGCGUUGGUCAAUUCGGGAACUGUGAGUGCUAGAAAUAGCGUGAACAUGAUGAUGAAAAAUACGGUGGAUACAGCCAUUGGUGGAUUCGCUUUCUGGCUGGUAGGAUUCGGAUUGGCUUAUGGAAGGAGCAAAUACACCAACUGGUUCGUGGGAUGGGGAGAUUUUUUCGUAGAUGUCUCUAGAAAUGACCCACUUCUCGGUGGUGUAAUGACGGCCUUUAUGUACGAAAUCUCAUUUUCUUCAUCCUCAAGUACGAUAGCCAGCGGUGGAAUGGCUGAGCGAUUCAACUUCAGAGCCUAUUGUUUCUACGCGUUUCUGAAUACAAUUGUAUAUGCACUGACAGCUGGUUGGGUAUGGCGAGAGAACGGAUUUCUUGGAGCACUUGGUGUUGUGGAUAUCGCUGGCGCAGGUCCGGUUCAUAUGUUGGGGGGCGUCUGCUCAUUUGCCGCCGCUUUUUAUCUUGGACCACGCAUAGGAAGAUACGACCGCAAUAGUAAACACCCUCCAAUGGGUGACGCUGUUAUCGCGUUCUUGGGGCUCUUCAUUUUGUGGUGGGCAUGGCUUGCCUUCAACACAGCUAGUGCUUUCGGUUUAAGUCGAGGACGUUGGGGUUAUACAAUCAAAUCGGCGGUUAUGACUAUGUUAGGCUCAAUGGGCGGUGGAGUUGUUGCUUGUUCCUACUCACUGAUUGAGCAUAAUGGCCAAGCUCAACCUUUUCAAAUUAUGAAUGGAAUUUUAGCGUCCUUAGUAUCCGUAACUGGCGGCUGUUACCUAUUUGAUUCAUGGUCUGCUGUAAUCACUGGAGCUAUUGGAUCACUUCUUUGUCUUCUUAGUAUGAAGGUGUUAGAUAAACUAAAAAUAGACGAUCCUCUAUAUGCUUGCACUGUGCACGGGAUUGGAGGAGCAUGGGGUCUUAUCGCUAUUGGACUAUUUGCCGUGAGUCCCGCAGGGCAGCCAACUACGGGUGGUAGAUCAGGACUUUUAAUGGGCGGAGGUAUGAGUCUUAUGAAAUGUCAGCUUAUUGCGCUGUUCACCGUGCUUGCAUGGGGCCUGUGUGCAACUUGGGCAAUAUUAUGGUCGCUCAAUAAAUUCGUGAGAGUGAGGCUGACACCCGAAGAGGAACUACUAGGUGCUGAUUUGGCAGAGCACGAUGUGGAUCAUGCAAUGAAUGCACUUGAAAAACUGAAGCCCUUGUGGGAAAGAGAAACUAAGCUUAGUGACGGAUUGAGCUACCGGUUAUCUAAGACUAUGGUCUCGACGAGAGAUGCUUCUUCGGGAUUAUACAAAGGCAAUAUCAACACAGCUUUUACUGAUAAUAAUGCAAUACCGUUAGAUAGGCUCCGGAAAACUGAUCAGACAAAUGUUAACCUUACAACGAACUGAUAUUUGAUUGGUUUAUCUCGAUGAGUAACGGUAUACAAAUUAUUAAGCAAGUGUAAAUGAACAACAGUACAACAAUAUUUCAUGUGUAACUAAGAAAAGCUGCUAUUGAAAAAAUA